UGGGUCAAAGAAAAGGUCUUUACACCUAUGAAGGAGCUUUUCCACCCUCUCGAGGCUACAGAGAUGAUAACUCCCCGUGAGACGCAGACUAUGAGCGGCCGGACUUCUUCCCACAAAGUCCGUGUGAUGGAGCAGGAAUCACCACCGCGCUCGCGAGAUUCGCAAUCAAAAUCUAGGCCGAGCGUUGAUCGCCAGCCUAAUACUCCAAGACACUCCCGCAAACCUUCUGGGGUUUCCCAAAGACCCACCAUGUUCUCCCACAAAUCCCAUGCAUCCGAGAGCUCAAUGUCCAACAGUGUUCGAGCUGCGCUCGAGACCAGUGUCGGCACCGCAAAGGAUGUCGGACAUCGAUUGGGAAUUGGCCACGAGUCUGGACGAUUGGUCUUUUCUGAUACAGCACCAUCUGGUAUGAUGGAUCCUUGUAGCGUUUGUGGUAAAGAACCGAAAGGUGUUUUGUAUCAUGGAAAGUGUCGUGACUAUGACCAACCCGUUGAUAAAAUUUUCCCGAACGGAGCUGCACCACCACUCGAUGAUGAUCCAGUUUCCGACCCUUCGGCCUCUUGCAGAACCUAGAAUACUCUACAGCCCAGCUGUAUAAAUACAGCAAGCUUUACUGCGAGUCCCCUGUUUGCCA